AUGCCGGCACCGAUUCAAAUAACAGCUGAACAACUUUUACGUGAAGCAAAAGAAAAACAAUUAGAAUAUGUUGCUCCACCACCAAAACAGAAAAUAAGUGAUCCUGAAGAAUUGGCUGAAUAUCGUAUGAAAAAACGUAAAGAAUUUGAAGAUGCUAUUCGAAAAAAUCGUCAGAAAAUGGUUAAUUGGGUUAAAUAUGCUCAUUGGGAAGAAUCACAACAAGAAAUUCAACGUGCGCGAUCAAUAUGGGAACGUGCGCUGGAUGUUGAUUAUCGAAAUAUUGCCAUUUGGCUUAAAUAUGCUGAAAUGGAAAUGAGAUAUAAACAAAUCAAUCAUUCUCGAAAUAUUUGGGAUCGGGCUAUAGCCAUAUUACCUCGUGCAAAUCAAUUGUGGUAUAAAUAUACGUAUAUGGAAGAAAUAUUAUCAAAUAUUGCUGGAUGUCGACAAAUAUUUGAAAGAUGGAUGGAAUGGGAGCCAGAUGAGCAAGCAUGGAAUACGUAUAUUAAAUUUGAAUUACGUUAUAAUGAAUUAGAACGAGCUCGUUUAUUAUAUGAACGAUUUGUUAUGAUACAUCCAGAAGCAAAAAAUUGGAUAAGAUAUGCACGAUUUGAAGAACAAAAUGGUUAUAUCAAAUCGGCAAGAAAAAUUUAUGAACGUAGUAUUGAAUUUUUUGGAAUUGAGCAUAUGAAUGAAAAUUUAUAUUUGGCAUUUGCUAAAUUUGAAGAAAAUCAAAAAGAACAUGAAAGAUGCCGAAUGAUUUAUAAAUAUGCUUUAGAAAAUUUACCCAAAACAUCGUGUGAUGAUAUAUUUAAAGCAUAUACAAUACAUGAAAAAAAAUAUGGUGAUAGAACAGGAAUCGAAGAUGUAAUUACUAGUAAACGAAAAUUUCAAUACGAUGAAGAAUUGAAAGAAAAUCCCAUGGAUUAUGAUACAUGGUUUGAUUAUUUACGUUUAUUAGAAAGUGAAGGUGAUUUUAAUUUGAUACGUGAUACAUAUGAAAAAGCUAUUUCUCAAGUACCACCAUUGCAAGAAAAACGUUAUUGGCGUCGUUAUAUCUAUCUAUGGAUUAAUUAUGCUCUAUUUGAAGAAUUAGAAGCAAAUGAUUUUGAUCGUACACGAGAAGUUUAUAAAGCAUGUUUAAAUUUAUUACCACAUAAAAAGUUUACAUUUGCUAAAAUAUGGUUAUACUAUGCACAAUUUGAAAUUCGACAAAAACAAUUACAAUCAGUUAGAAAAAUAUUGGGUACAGCAAUUGGUUUAUGUCCAAAAGAUAAAUUAUUUCGAGGAUAUAUUGAUAUUGAAAUACAAUUACGAGAAUUUGAACGAUGUCGUAUAUUAUAUCAAAAAUUUUUAGAAUUUGGACCAGAUAAUUGUACGACAUGGAUAAAAUUUGCUGAAUUAGAAAGUAUUCUCGGUGAUAUUGAUCGUUCACGUGCAAUUUAUGAAUUAGCCAUUGAACAACAACGUUUAGAUAUGCCCGAAUUAUUAUGGAAAGCUUAUAUUGAUUUUGAAAUUGAACAACAAGAAUAUGAUCGAGCACGAAAAUUAUAUAAUAAAUUAUUAGAAAAAACACAACAUGUUAAAGUAUGGUUAAGUUUAGCUCAAUUUGAAUCAUCAAUUGAUGAACCAAAUGUAUUAGAACGUUCUCGAAAUGUAUUUGAACGUGCUUAUAAAACAUUAAGAACAGCAAAUGAUAAAGAAGAACGUUUAAUGCUUGUUGAAAAAUGGAGAGAAUUUGAGCGAGAAAAAGGUACAUCCGAAGAUGUGGCAUAUGUUGAACAAUAUUUACCAAAACGUAUUAAACAACGUCGAAAAAUUAUUUCAGAUGAAGGAAUUGAUACAAAUACAUAUGAAGAAAUUAUACAAUUAGUAUUUCCUGAUGAUGAAGCUUCUCGUCCACAUUUGAAAUUAUUGGCUAUGGCUCAAAAAUGGAAAGAAACAAAUGCGAAUAUUGUACAACAACAACAAUCACAAAUAUUGUCGACAACAGAAGAAGCAGAUAAAAGUCCAUUGCCAAGUGAAGAGGUUGAAAUGAAUGAAGAUUAA